AUGUGGUCAUUGUAUUACACAGUAAUACUCGGUGUUGUUUUCGUCACUGGCGAUCGAUUGUCUGCAUCUUACGAUGUUCGAAUCGAUUAUUAUAAAGCUGAAACAACGAAAGAUUUAGUCAUUAACAAAGGUCAACCACGUUUUUCUUGGAAAUUGCCUCUGACCAGCCAACGCAAUGUUCAACAAAUUGCCUAUCAACUUCAAAUCCUGUCGCAGAAUGUACUUCUCCGGGACAGUGGCCGUAUCAAUUCAAGUCAAUCGAUUCAUGUUCCUUAUCCAUACGAAAGGGAUCUUGAAGAAUUGACUCAUUAUCACGUUCGUCUUCGUCUUUGGAGCAGUGUAUCAGAAGCAGCAACACCAUGGACAUCGUGGAUUCCAUUUCGAACAUCGAUAUACAAUUUUCAUCAAUACUUAAUGGAUUAUAAUGAUGAAGUCUUUUGGAUUGGUUCAACUCAAAUCUACAUGAAUGAAUUACGAAAAGAAUUCAGUGUUCCUGAUACAAGUCCUAUUCGAUCGGCCACUGUUUUCAUUUCGGGUAUUGGUUAUUAUGAAAUGUAUUUGAAUGGUGAUAGCAUUGAUCCUAAUCGAAAAUUGGAUCCUGGAUGGACCACUUAUCAAAAACGAACACUCUUCGUUUCUUAUGAUGUGACCUCCAAGAUCAAAGUAGGUAUGAAUGCUGUCGGUGUGAAACUAGGUAAUGGUUGGUACAGUCAAGAACAAUAUUUGCUACCGUCAAUACCUGAACCUAAUUAUGGUAAGACUAAAAAAACUGAACUUAGAAGCCUUUAUGUGUUUCUCAUAGGUCCACCACGUCUGAUGUUUAUCUUACAGAUUAUCUUCGAAAACUCUGAUGAAAUGAACGUUUAUAGUGAUCAAACAUGGAAAGGCCGACAAGGAUCGAUUAUUCAUGAUAGUGUUUACAAUGGUGAAUUUGUUGAUGCUCGUUAUGAUCGUCCUAAUUGGGCACAAGUUGGAUUCAAUGAUUCAUUAUCUCUUUGGAUCACACCAGAAAUCCUUCCAUCGCCAGUGGAUAUCAUCGCCAAUGGACAACUAACUCUUCAAGCCAUGCCACCGAUUCGAGCGGGAUCCGAUGCUCUGCAUUUCGAGGUGGAGCAUGGUGUUGAUGAGAAGAAAAGCUAUUUAUUGAAGGAAGAAAUCGGAAAUAUUCUUGGUGCUUCGUUGAAAGACGGAGGAAUCUUGCAACCGAUCAGUGUCUCAACACCUGUCCUCGGUGUUUAUACAUUCGAUAUGGGACAAAAUAUGGUCGGCUGGUGUCGAUUCAAAUUCCGUGGUCCACGUGGUGUCGGUAUUUACAUUCGCCAUGCCGAAGUUUUGUCGCAACCGGUUGUUUCCACAAAUCAAUCCUAUGGUGGACUUUAUACGGACAACCUUCGUGGAGCAACUCAAAGUGAUAUCUAUAUUCUUCGUGGUGAUCCCAACGGUGAAAGUUAUGAACCACGUCAAUCCUAUGGUGGACUUUAUACGGACAACCUUCGUGGAGCAACUCAAAGUGAUAUCUAUACUCUUCGUGGUGAUCCCAACGGUGAAAGUUAUGAACCACGUGAAACUACAGUCAAAGGACAUUUCUCUUCCAGUAAUCCUGUGAUCAAUCAAAUUCAACACAACAUCUUAUGGGGUCAAUUGGGUAACUCAAUGUCUUUACCCACCGACUGCCCACAACGUGAUGAACGUAAAGGGUGGAUGGGUGAUGCCGCUCUGUCAGUCAAUGAAGCUCUGUACAACUUUGAUUUGAUUAAAUUCUACUUAAACUUUCUCACUUUGAUUAUGGACAUCCAAUUGAAAGGUGGUUUCGUUCCGGAUACUGUUCCACUGACAUUCGGCAUUUAUCCAGCUGAUCCUAAUUGGGGCACAGCUUUACCAACCAUUACUUGGCAAUUGUAUCGUCAUUACAAUGAUAUUCAGAUUCUUCGAGAUCAUUACGCGUCGAUUCGUGCUUAUGUCGAAUCGGUUCGCGAUGGUUAUCGAAUAACAGGUUUAGCUAAACUAAUCUAUCAUUACGGUGAUUGGGUUCCACCACCACCGCAGCCAAAGACCGAGGGUCAUCUCGUUGCUUCAUUCGCGUUUCUUCAUGAUGUUUCAUUAUUGAUCAAUAUGUCUCAAAUUCUUAGCUACAGCCAUGAUACUCAUGAGUAUACAACUUUCUAUCAGCGAUUAGCAGAAGAAUUUCAUCGGGCCUUUUUCAAGUCUUCCGCUGGUUACUAUACUGACGGAAUGCAAGCGGCACAGGUUCUCGCAUUGGCUUUACCCAAUGUAGUUCCAGCGAACGUUCGCGAUAGUGUUCUUCAAUAUUUAGUUCAAGAUAUCCAAGCUAAAGGAAAUCAUGUCUCGACGGGUAUUGUCUCCACAGCUCAACUGUAUCCAUUACUAUCGGAUAAUGGUCAUCACGAUCUUGCUAUGGAAUUGAUUACAUCCACCACUUAUCCAUCGUAUGGUUUCAUGUUUAACAAUCCAUAUGAAAAUGCCACAACUAUCUGGGAAUUAUGGAAUGCACCAUUCGAAGGUCCGAGCAUGAACUCUCGUAAUCAUCAUAUGUUUGCAAGUGUUGGUGCUUGGUUUUAUUCACAUUUAGCUGGUAUCGAUCUUCAAUCGGACUUGAUUGUUAUUCGUCCACGAAUGGUCUCUGAAGAAAAGAAACAUCUUCUAACGAGGGAACCACCCGAGGUGUCAAAAAGCUUUUCAGUCGGGGAUAUGAUGGUUAGAUAG